AACACGAUCCAUCUGUGGCAAGCAAUCGGCUGGAUUGUUGGAAUGCAGCAUAGGGUUCACGGGAUCGAAAAUCAGGUUGCUGACGGUCCACGUGUCAUUGUUGUCAAUCACCAAAGCGCCCUUGACAUUCCAGCAACCUAUGCCUCGUUCGGCUUACUUGUCUGGUUUCUUAAACCCAUAUUAAUUGAUCGUUCGAACCGCAAUGACAGCAUACACAAGUUACAUGAUGCGGCAAAAAUUGUUAAGAAGGAUCAGGUUUCUGUCAUCAUUUUUCCCGAGGGUACUCGGGGAGACGGAAAGACUGGUUUGCUCCCAUUCAAAAGGGGCGCUUUUCACCUUGCUGUGGAGGCGCAGGUUCCCAUUCAGCCCGUCGUAAUUGCACCUUAUUCAUGGCUUGACAUCUCUAACAGAGUAGCUAGAGGAGGUAUCUGUGAUAUUUUUAUCUUGCCUUCGAUUUCCACCAUUGGUAUGAUUGCCUCAGAUGUAGCUCUGCUUACUGAUAACGUCCGAAAGAAGAUGUCAGAUGUCUUUAUGUCAUCUCUACCCUCCAAUGUCUAA